AUGGACUUAUCUGUUUAACCCUGGGCAACAAAUAAGAAAGAUUAAUUUCCUGAAUUUAAUGGAUUUGGCUCUGAUGACUCUGUUGAUUACUCUGAAUAAAAUAAAUAGCCAUUAAAAAACUACAAUUUAUUAAAUAAAGACAUUGAUGAAGAUAGUAAAGAUGACUAUGAUGAUGAAGAUCUAAAAUCUUUAGGGCAGAAUACUGAAUAAAGUGUUUCUUAAGCAUCAUCAAGUUCGUCUUAAAAUUAGAGAAAGAAAAAGAAAAUAGUUAUAAAAGUUAAUACUUCAAAAAGCAGAUCUGAAUUAAAGUUAUUGAGAAUUUUAAUUGAUAAGAAUGGAUGGAAGGAAACAUUUGGAUAUGAAGGUAAAAUAUUAUGGUCUGGACUAUCAAUGAAUGGAGAAUAACUAGCUUAUGAUGAAAUAUGCGUUAACAGAUAUCCUUAAAUGGAGGAACUGGCUCACAAAAAGACAACUGGAUAUUUUUUGAAUUUAUUUAGAGAAUACUUUCCAGAGCACUUUGAUUUCUUUCCUAAGACUUUUCUCAUACCUGAAUAAAUGGAUGAGUUAAAAUAAGAGUACAAGAAAAACUCUAAAAAAUUAUGUAUAGCGAAACCAAGUUCUGGUUGCUAAGGUGAUGGCAUUAAAUUAAUUGAAGGAAUAAAAGAUUUACCUAUCUCUUCAUAUACACCUCAUGCCAAUUAAUUAGUUGUUUAAGAAUAUAUUAAUAAUCCCAUGCUAAUUUAAGGCAAAAAGUUUGAUCUAAGGUUGUAUGUACUUAUCAGUUCUCUUGAUCCUCUUAUUGUUUAUUUACAUGAUGAAGGUCUCGCUAGGUUCUGUACUGAGCCCUAUGAGAAACCAUCAAAAACAAAUAUAAAUAACUCGUAUAUGCACUUAACAAAUUACUCAUUGAAUAAAAAUAAUCCAAAUUUCAAGCUACCAACUGAAGAAGAUUUAUAUUAAGAUAAUGAUGCCUCUAAAAGAACUAUGUAGGUGACCUGGGAACAAAUAGUGAAAGCUGGCUAUGAUAAAGAAGAGAUCUUAGGAAAUAUUGAAGAUUUGAUAUGUAAAUUCUUAGCUAGUAUGCACCCAUACUUGCUUUAUAAUUAUUAAUGUGUCUUUAAUAAGAAGUAAGCUAAAAGAUUUCAUGUGUUAGGAUUUGAUAUACUUCUUGAUGAUAAAGGAAAACCAUGGUUUUUAGAAGUAAACGCUAAUCCCAGUUUUAAUAUUGAGCAUGAAGUAUAUCAGCCUGAUGGUAAAAAGAAAGUAGAGUAAAGUCCUUUGGACAAGUAUGUAAAGUGCAGAGUGGUUGAAGAUGCCAUUUUUAUUGUUAACAAAAAGAUAGAAAAAUAAUUAGAAAUAGGAAGAGAUAAUCACUUCAGGGGUUUCAAAUAAAUAAUAAGUGGAGAUUUUGAAGAGUAUAAAAUUAUGGAUAUGUUCUCUGAUAUUCUUAAAAUAUAUGGCAAAUUAAGCGGAUUUAAAUUUAAUUCUGCUCUUACCUCCUCUAAAUUUUCAAAAUUAGCUGCAUACUAAGGAAUGUAAAAUGAUAAAGUUAUCAAAAACGAUUAUGAUUUAAUAUUCAAAAAAGUUUUAUAAAAUUCUUAAGAAUAAGCUAUGAGCUUUUACGAUUUCAUAAGAUCAAUUGAAAUUCUAGCUUAGAGAUUAAACCCAUAGAAUUUUGAUCCAAAAAAUAAAUUACCUUCUGUAUCAUAAUUAGUUAAUAAUUUAAUUAGAUAAUUAUGA